AUGCUUGGUGGAGCAGGCCCCCGCUUGUCCGCCCGCCGCAUCGGCGCCGUCGCUCUGCUCGCCGUCUGCUGCGCCUCCGCGGAGCCCGCGGCGGCACCCCGCUCGGUGCUCGUCGCGUGGCCGCCGGAGCCGGAGGUGCGGGCUGCGCUCCGCUACGUGAUGACGGAGCUCCGCCGCCUGUCAAACCGCUUCCGCUACGCCUCGCUCACGACGUGCCACCGAGCCGAGGCUGCGGAGGUGGACGGCGAGCGGAGCCUCUUCCUCGACGUCGAGUUCGACAUGCUGCGCGGGCAGCCCUCGAGGCACAACGUCAUCCUCUUCAAGGACGGCGACGGCGCCGUGACCAGCAUGGCGCUGGACGAGUUUCCGCACGUGGAGCUGCGGGAGCCGCCGGACCCGGACGUGUGA